ACUAGGAAGAAAUUGCGGUAUAUGAAUCUGACAAAAAUCUCUAUGUGGCAAUGAAAAAAUCCACAAAUUUGCUUGCUAUAUCUGGUACUGAAAGGAGACUAUAAAAUGGCAGAUAGGCAAUUUUUUUCAGAUGAUGACGAGACAUUGGAUGAUAUUUCAGAUCUUGGUAAUAGUGAGUCAGACCUGGAUGAAGACAGUGAUGCAGAUUAUGUCUCUGUUGGUAAUGGCAGCGAUUUAGAGACAUUUGAGGAUGAUUCAUGUCCUUCUACCCCCAAGAGAUCUAGAGUAUUAGGAAAUGCUCGGUUUUCCACUUCUGCAAGCAAUAACAACUGGCGUGACAUCACACUGAAAGUUGAAAAUGGAACAGAUGGCCAGCAAUUUGGUUAUGGUAGUGAUUCAGAGGAAUCUGAAGCUAUUUUAACUUGUUCCACACCAAAAAGAGCCAGAUACAUUGGUAAUGGUAGUGAUUCGGAAGUAUCUGAGACUAUUUCCACUCCUUGUACACUUUCAGCCACACCAAACCGAGCUAGAAAAGGGAGGCCGAGGCGCACUUUAGUUGAUAAUGCCACUAGCAAAUACACAAACUGGUAUGAUGUCACAUCAAAUGAUGAAAAUGGGCCAGAGACCCCAUUCCACUUUCGGGCAAAAGGUUGUGGAGGGAAAGAUUUGCCUGAAGCUAACAGCAAACCAAUUGAAUAUUUUAAGCUUUUCUUUACAGAGGAAUUGGUAGGAAUGAUAGUGAACGAAACAAAUAAAUAUGCGAAUGAAAAAAUACAAGCGACCCCCUUAUCACCAAAAUCUCGUCUACAUGAUUGGAAAAAUGUUACUGUACCUGAAAUGUAUUUGGUUAUUGGGCUUCUACUCAACACAGGGAUAGUAAAGAUGCCUUGUCUUUCUGACUACUGGUCGACCCGACCUGAACUUCAUAUGGAAUACUUUCCCAAAGCUAUUCCCCGAAGCCGAUUUCAGGCCAUUUUUCACACUAUGUUGCAUUGUUGUGAAAUUGAAGAAGACAAAAGAGUGAAGGGUGACGGAAUACAACCCAUUAUUGACUAUAUUGUGAACAAAUUUCAGAAGCAUUUCAUUCCGUACCAGCAACUGGCAGCAGUUGAGACUAUGAUUACUUAUAAAGGUUCUAUUCAAUUUCGACAGUACAACCCAAGGAAGCCUAUUAAGUUGGGCCUCUUAGCCCAAACAUUAGUAGAUGCUAACACAGGAUAUAUGCUAAAUAUUAUAAUGUACUAUGGCAAAGAAGGCGGGAAAGAAACUAUUCCAAAUUUAAAUAAAACAUCAUCCACAAUAGUGGAGCUUCUUAAACCCUACCUCCAUAAAGGUUACCAUGUUUUCUGUGAUCGACUGUACACAUCUUUGGAUUUAGCCGAUCACCUGCAUAACGAAAGAACAUAUCUCACAGGAUCAAUAAUGGCAAACAGAAUUGGAAUUCCUGUCGGUAUCAGUGCAAAUCAAAGAAAAAUAAAAUCAAUGCGCAGUGGGAAAAUUUUACUACAAAGUUGGGUAAACAAAAGACCUGUAACAAUGAUAUCAACGUUUUAUCGUGGUGACCAAACAGUUAAACAAAAAAUUGAAAAAUGCAACAGAACAUUUGAAAAGCCAUUACUGAUUGAGAAUUAUAAUCGAUACUUGGGUGGGGUUGAUUUGUCAGAUCAAUACACAUCGUAUUACAACUGCAGCAGGAAAUCAGUGCCAUGGUGGAAAAAGACGUUUUUUUGGCUUCUAGAAAAUUGUGUAACUAACAGUUAUCUAUUAUACAAACGAUCGAAACCUAAAAAGCAAAGAAAGUAUCUUUCCUCAUUGAAAUUUCGCCAAGAUCUUGUGCCUGAUCUUGUUGAUCUCGGAAGGGAGGACAGCCAGAGGCGGCGGCAAAUAUCAACAGCAUCAGCUCCUGGUUUGGAACCAACAAGUGUUUGUUUUCAUGUACAGAAGAAGGUUGAGCCUGGUCGAAGGCGCAGAGAAUGCAAAUUUUGCAGCAGGAGAACAGACGGAAUGCGAAAGGACACUACAUUCUAUUGCGAUACUUGCCAAGGGAAGCCCGGUCUUCAUCCUGGGGACUGUUUUUCUUUAUAUCAUCUUCAGGAUGAACAUCAAUAAAAAAAAACUACUGAAGUGAGUUGAAUAAUUUACAAUAUUUUUGGGCGACAUCAAUGGAAAACUACAUUGAAUAAUUGCUACACACUAAAUGGCUUGGCCUCGCGUGCGUGCCACCUGUUGCACACACCUGAUAUAUUGAAACUCAUUCCAUAUUCAAAAUUAUUUUUAAGAAUGUAUACCAAAUAGCACAUUACCUUUUCAUGGCUAAUAAAAUUAACACAACAGGAGUAAAAAAA